UUAAGACGCUGUUCGCCCCCUCUCGAUCUAUUCUUCUGUGAAGGUUUUAUCAUUCGAGUUUGUUUCAUAACUUUUCUUAGUGAAGCUGCAGUUCUGAAAAAAGUCGAGUCAUAUCGAAAACCAGUUUCUCAAAGGCAAGCUUGACAGUUCUCACAAGUUCGCUUCACUGGAGCUGCUUGUUGGAGGGGCUAUUUUCAACAAAGGCUUAAUAGGGUUAUUCAUAUCAUAGUCCUGCCAUUUCAAUUAUUUCCUGUCGUCUAUAGUCUCCAGCGACAGACUAUAAGUUACCGUUAGGGACAUUCCUCCCACUAGUUGAACGUACUCUUUCUUCAAGGGAUGGUCAAUUCCAAGCUAGGUCAUCCUUUGUUUGACAAAGACAACGCUUUCAACUUUUAAGGUAACUUUUUGAAAGUUUGAGGGAACUGUUUUGAACGACGGACAGAAUUUUAUCGUGUAAAGAGAGUUUUCUGAGAAACGAUUAAGCUAAAAUCAUAUAUUUUCACAUUCUCUAAUAUAUUCAUGAUAGCUGGAAAUGGAGUAAGUUCGUAGACUAAAAAGGAUAACUGAGGAUCUGAGGUACGGAACAAUUCUGGGAUUCGAAAAAAUUUUCAGUGGUUUUGGCGGUUGUCAUUAGCUUUCCAACUUUUCUGAUGGGAGAAGCAAGUCGUGUGCUUGUUACAAACCAAAAUUUAAAAGAUAUUGAGAAAAUGCUCUCUGAAAGUGUGCAGCGAGUUAUUGAGGGUUCACGUUACUCUCACCUCUCAACCUCAAGAAGAAAUACUGUUGCUACAUUUGUUGCUCGAAAGACGAAUUCGUUCCUUCAACUACUUGCAACGAACUGUAGAGAAGCUACGGAAGAAGAAAUUCCUGUUGAGUCUGUCGAUUCUAAGCUCAUUAGACAGGUAGAAGAGCUUACCACGCAGUUGAAUAGUGUGGAGCAACAAUUAAUAAAGGAAAGAAAGGUCAAAGCUCAAGAAUACGAAACACUCAUGGAGGAGAACCUAAAACAAAGAUAUAGAGUCCAUGAUUCCACUGAAGACUCACUGGAAGAAGUAAAUAAUAAUCAAGUUAUUUCCGAGCAAAUAAGCACAGAAAAUAUCGAAAAGCUCUAUGAAUGUUUGAUGGAAGAGUGGAAGAAAGCUAAAGACUUUUCCUCAUUCGAAGAUAAACUUUCGAAAGUUUCCAUAGUCUUGCAGAAUAUGUCGCGAACAGAUAUGAACUCCUUGAGACCAGUCUUGGAAAGUGUUUCCAAUAUUCUUAGAAGAGUUGAUUCUCAAAAAAGCUCUCAGUUUGCAAGAGACUCUUCAGAAGGAGCUUUUGCCAGUAGUGUAGAAGGAAAGCUCCUUAAAAUUUUACAUAGCUCGGAUAUAUCUUCAACAUUCAACAUUGACUGCUAAUGUUGAAUAGGAAGUCGCUCUUCUUUUUCGAGAAGUAGAAAACUAUCCUAUACUAACUUUCAACAGGUUAAGUAUAGUAGAAAUUUACGUAAUCUUCCCUUGUCUUGUAUGUUGAUAGUGCAGAAAGAAAUGAGACAGUGCUCAUCUCCGGCCUUCCAGUUUCAUAAGCAAUUAAACUUAGCAUCAUUGACGAUAAAACUGAAAACUUAUGUUUGAUACAGAGUAAUUUUAGAUGAAAGAUUUUUGGCAAAUUAAUGACCCUUGCAAUGAUUAUUGAUUCCUUCUUUGCCUAAACUUCCCUCUGUAGUUAAGGAUACAUACAGAAUCAACCAAGUGGCACAAUUUUAUUGUCCUAGCUCCCAGUCUUGAGAGCUGUACAAAGUCAAAUGACACUAAACGUGCUAUUUAGUUUCAAAGUAGCUCUUAUCUUUUCACUUCACCUAGCAUUCACAGCUUGAAUAGCCAUAAAUUGUAAAAGGUUGUUUUGAGUAUUCUUGAAUAAAAAGAAGCAAUAUUGU